ACAUCGUUCAGCACACGGACACAAUCUCCUUUUAAAAACACCCCUGCUGUUGAGCAACCACUGCAGUGAACAGAGAGACUCUACUGUGUUUGUGUAAGUGUGCAAACGUAAGCAAUGCCUGCAAACAGAGAGGGAAUGCACAACGGUCUGAUCGAUGAGCCUGACGAUGACUACAGAAGUCCAGAGGUGCGAUAUUCAGUAUUUGAGAACCAAGGUAAAAGUGGACAACGAUUUUGCCAAGAACCCUUUAAGGUGGCAACAGCAUGCCUGAGUGCCUUCUGCCUCAUCUUACUCAUGAUCCUGGUGAUCACAAGUGUUCACAGCGGUAAGAGCCAUUCAUCUGAUCAGGAUUCCCUCCCCAACACUGCUGAAACACACAUGCAGUCAGGCUGCGCUAAUGUAACGGCUCUGACAGAAGAACUGCAGACCGUAAAGAAAGAGAAGAGUGAACUGGAGAAAGAGCGUUCUCAAUUGAAGGACACAAUCGCUAAGCUUGAGGCAACUCCAGCACCAGCGAAGAGUCCUUGCCCUGAAGACUGGAAGCACUUUAAUGGCAGCUGUUACUACAUCUCAAGCUUUGGCAGGACCUGGCCAGACAGUCAGAGGUACUGCAAGCGAAAUGGCGGACACCUGGCCAUCAUCCUUACGGCUGAGGAACAGACGUUCAUAUGGGACCUGCUGCCCCGUGGAUACUGGAACGCUUUCUGGUUUGGCAUAAGUGAUGAAAAAGUAGAAGAUGACUGGCACUGGGUGGACGGAACCAAACUGGUUGGAGGUUUCUGGGAAGUUGGCGAGCCCAACAACCAUAUAAACGAAGACUGUGGCUACAUGAUAAAAACCGAUGUUUUAAGUCGUGUGGCUAUAAGGAGCUGGUAUGAUGCGCCGUGCCACAUGUCCUUGCCGUUUAUCUGUGAGAAGACAGCUGCGUCCUCCUGAUCAUUGCUCCCAUCAUCAUCAACAGUCAUUCAUUGAUCAUUAUUAAUACAAUCUGUAAUGCAGUUACCGUUGUGUUUAGCAUGUCUGGUCUCAGGAUUUUCAGUGUUUAAAAUUUUAAAAAGACUAACUGCACUACUGAUUCAAAAAAACAAAACAAUUAAUUGCUUAUUUUAAUCUAACAUCAUAUGUGCAUUUAUCUUUAUCUAACUUUAGCUAUGCUUUUUACCAAUGGACGAUUUUUGUAAAGUAAUUUUUUGUAUAGAAAAAUCAUAGAAAGAUCAAUUCAUUUAUCAGUUUUCUAUGUAAAAAAAAAAAUAUUGUCUGUCUUUUCCUAAACAACUAAACAUCUUUGAAUACUUUA